GCCGGUCCUGGGCAGCCGCUCAGCCCCCCACCCCCCCGCCGCCCUCCGCCUGCCUGGGCCGUGCCGAGGAUGCGGCGCAGCGCCUCGGCGGCCAGGCUCGCUUCCCUCCAGCCCGCUUGCUAACUUCCCCGGUUCCGUCCCUGUCCGCCAGCUGGGCCGCUAGUCUCCCAGCGCCCUCCGGGUCGGGUCCUCUAGGCGCGGCGGGCGCUGCCGCCCUGUGCCCUCUGUUGCCCGCGAGCGCGCCAGAGCUGCCCGCUCGCGCUCCCGGUCCCGCGCUCGCGCCCCAUCCUCGCGCGGUCAUGCUGCCCCUCUGCCUCGUGGCCGCUCUGUUGCUGGCCGCCGGGCCCCGGCCGAGCCUGGGCGACGAAGCCAUCCACUGCCCGCCCUGCUCCGAGGAGAAGCUGGCGCGCUGCCGCCCCCCCGUGGGCUGCGAGGAGCUGGUGCGGGAGCCGGGCUGCGGCUGUUGCGCCACUUGCGCCCUGGGCUUGGGGAUGCCCUGCGGGGUGUAUACCCCACGUUGCGGCUCGGGCCUGCGCUGCUACCCGCCCCGGGGGGUGGAGAAGCCCCUGCACACGCUCAUGCACGGGCAAGGCGUGUGCAUGGAACUGGCGGAGAUCGAGGCCAUCCAGGACAGCCUGCAGCCUUCUGACAAGGAUGAGGGUGACCACCCCAACAACAGCUUCAGCCCCUGCAGCGCCCAUGACCGCAGGUGCCUGCAGAAGCACUUUGCCAAAAUGCGAGACCGGAGCACCAGCGGCGGCAAGAUGAAGGUCAUCGGGGCACCCCGGGAGGAUACCCGGCCUGUGCCCCAGGGUUCCUGCCAGAGCGAGCUGCACCGGGCCCUGGAGCGGCUGGCCGCCUCGCAGAGCCGCACCCAUGAGGACCUCUACAUCAUCCCCAUCCCCAACUGCGAUCGCAACGGCAACUUCCACCCCAAGCAGUGUCACCCAGCCCUGGAUGGGCAGCGGGGCAAGUGCUGGUGUGUAGACCGGAAGACGGGGGUGAAGCUUCCAGGAGGUCUGGAGCCGAAGGGGGAGCUGGACUGCCACCAACUGGCUGACAGCUUCCGAGAGUGAGCCCUGCCAGCAAGCAGGGGGCUCAGUGUCCCCUGCCACUUCCAUCCUCCGGAGGCUGCAGAGCUGACCUGGAGUGGAGUCUGGGUCUGAGUCCUGGCUCUGCCUCUGGCCCAGAAGUUUCCUUGGGGUGUGUGUGUGUAUGUAUAUGUAUGUGUGUUUAUGGGCAGGGGUAUGCCCUUGUGGUGAGCUGGAGCCUGGGGUAUCCUCUUGGAGCUGAGAUAGACCAAGAGGUCUGAGAGGGGCACUGGGGAGCCCUGGUAUGUUUCCAAAUUGAUUCUGGAUUCAUUCAUUCAUCCAUUCAUCCAGCCAUCUAAAAACAUUUACCGACCACAUAGUAUGUGCCAACUCUACUUUUCAGCCUUGGGAACUCUUAUUCUGACUUCCCCUGAUUUUGGCAUGUGGGGACACUCCUAUAAGGUGAGCUCAAGCCUGUGGGAGAAGAAAAGCUUCAUUCCCAGAGUCAGAGGAGAAGAGAGAGUUAUACCUUGGGCAUUGUUCCUCCCUCAAUCUAGUCAGAGGGCAGGGGUAGCCCAGGGAGAGUGUGGGGUGGCAGAAGCCUCAAUGAUUGUGAUACAGAUCAAUGCCAAAGUGAGGCUUGCUGGGCUCCCCUCCUGUUUUUCCCUGUGUCCUUUUGUGGGGAUGGACCUGUAUAGACAAGCUCACCUUUGGGUCCAGGUGUCGUGUCAUCUGUUUGAUAGCCUGGCACCUGAGACCCUGCUGUGGAGAAGGGAAGAAGGUCAAAAGAAGGCCUAUAGGACAAAGGCCGGGGAGGUGAGGCUGGUUUCUUUGAGCAGUCAGGGUGGGAAGAAAGAAUGCAAGGUUGGAUUGAAUGUGCCCUAUGGAGAGGAGGACCCAUAUUGCUGGGGGGUGAGGGAGUUUGCCUGGGGUCCUCUUCCAUACCCCAUUUGUGGUCAUAGCCAUGAUGUCGCCAGGAUGGCCCCAUCCUCCCAGUGGCUCACAGCCUCCCUCCCCAUAUCUCCUUCCCCUACUCUGCCCUCUCCACACCUCCCUAUUCCUCUGGGCAUUUUGUGGCUUGACUGGAUGGAAGGAGACUUAAAGACCUACCGGUUGGCCAUGAUGUCAUUUCUUUUUUUUUUUUUUAAACAAAACAACAAAACCAAAAAAUAUCCUGUUAA